UGAUCGUUUGUGCUGCUAAUCGGACGGUUGGCGUGGAGUUACCUAGCGCCAGGGGCCAAGGGGGCGGAAGGUUUUGGGAGGCAUGGAGAAGGCGGCGGCGGCUGCGGCGGCGGAAGAGGGGCGUGGGGCGGAGGAGGAGGCCGAGGAGUGGGCGUGGAGCUGGGGCGCGGGCACGGACGGGCAGCUCGGGAACGGUGGGUUCCAGGACCACCACCUCCCGCAGCCGCUCCUUCUCCCCCCUCGCUGCCGCGGCCGCGUCUCCUUUGUCGCCGGCGGCGGCGCCCACGUCAUUGCCCUCACAAGUGAUGGUGAAGUAUUUACUUGGGGCAGAGGUACACAUGGUCAACUUGGUCAUGGGAACUUGGACAACAUCCCUCAUCCGAUGUUUGUUAAGUUCCUUGAAAAUCGUACGGUAACGUGUGUGUCUGCUGGAUGGAACCAUUCUGGAUUCGCUACAGAUUCUGGACAACUCUUCAUGUGCGGAGAUGGUUCAUUUGGACAGCUUGGCACUGGUGAUAACCACUCAAGGAACUUGCCUUUCGAAGUACCAUACUUUAUUGCACGGCAUGUUGAGAAGCUUGCUUUUGGGAUGCGCCAUUCUCUUGUCCUAUUGAAAGAUAAUUCAGUGUAUGGAUUUGGCUCUGCGAGACGAGGACAAGUUGGUAAAUGUGUUUCGAGGAACCAAAAAUCAUGUAAUGUUCCCAGACUAAUUGAUGAUUUUCCAAACUGUAAGAUAGUAAAUAUAUAUGCCAAUGGAGAUCACAGUGCUGCAUUGGAUGAAUCUGGUUGUUUGUACAUAUGGGGAAGAGCAUUAAUUGGAGAACAUGACGAUGACCAACCUUGGGCGGUUUUACCCUCUUUGAGUAUUUCUCAAGUGGCAUUAGGAUGGCAUCAUGCAUUAGUUUUAUCUGCAGGGGAAUUGUUCACCAUUGGUGUUUAUCGCCACCAGAAGUGUGAUCCCCCUGUGUCAGGGAAAGCAGCGGUGCAGCAAUCAGAUAAAAGUGCAACAAGCAGUACUCAUGAUGAGUCAUCUUCUUUGUCAACUUUGGAGAAGGUUCCCUGUAUUGGUGGAGAACAGGUGGUGCAAAUAGCAAGUGGCACUGAACAUUCUGCUUUGGUGACAGAUAAAGGAACAGUCUUCACCUGGGGCUGGGGAGAGCAUGGACAACUUGGUUUGGCUGACACUUCUGAUCAGGUGGUUCCUCGGAGAGUAAAUAUAGGUGACAAGGGGCCACGUACUUCUGAUGGCUCACUUGGCGUCUACUGUGGGAGUGGAUUUACCAUUGCGGUGAAAUCCGCCUAGUGGCUGGUUAGUUUGUAAUGUAUCACAUUUACCUUUCGACACAGCACGCGAAGAAUAAACACCAGAUCAGAUAGUUUCUUGUGAUUCUACUAAAGGAAAAUGAUGUGCGCAGCAGGGCUGGGCUAAUGUUGGAUGGACCGCUUUACCAACUGUGUUUGUUUGAUGAAAUACUUGGGCACCUUUGGUUUUGAGCUA